UGUUCGUGGCUUCCCCCCGGCCGCGCGCACGUACAGGGGAGGCCGUGCGUGCGAGCGCCGCAGUUUCUGCGUCAUACCAGAGGAGGACACGUAACGGUCCGCAAAGAUCGAGCCAGUCUUGCACCAUUUUCGCCACAACCCGCGUGAACAGGCCCCAGGCUAUUGAACCCUCCACAGUGCAGACACAGCUGAGCAAAUUUAAAAAUGGUGUUCAGAGGCACAAUAACAGAUGGUCCCAAUUUUGAUCCCAGCGCCGAUGCUGAGGCGCUCUACAAUGCAAUGAAAGGAAUGGGAAGUGACAAAGAAGCCAUUUUGGACUUGAUCACCUCUCGUAGCAAUGCUCAGAGGCAGGAAGUCAUUGCGGCGUACAAAUGUAACUUUGGAAAGGAUCUUAUUGAGGAUCUGAAAUAUGAGCUGACGGGUAAAUUUGAGCGUCUCAUUGUGUGUCUGAUGAGAGCACCAGCCUACCACGAUGCCAAAGAAAUAAAAGAUGCGCUCAAAGGAGCUGGAACCAACGAGAGGAGCUUGAUUGAAAUUCUGGCAUCGAGAAACAACAAACAAAUACAUGACAUGGUUCAAGCAUACCAGGAUGCCUACGGCAGAAACAUGGAGGAGGAUGUGAUAGGCGACACGUCAGGUCACUUUAAGAAGAUGAUGGUUGUUUUACUUCAGGGGACCAGAGAUGGGUCGGGAGUUGUGGAUGCAAAUCUGGUGGGGCAAGAUGCACAAGACCUUUAUGCUGCUGGCGAAGAGCAGUGGGGGACAGAUGAAGCCAAAUUCAUCAUGAUACUGGGAAACCGCAGUGUGACCCACCUCCGCAUGGUUUUCGAUGAAUACGAGAAGAUUGCAGAGAAAUCCAUCGAGGAAAGCAUCAAGAGCGAGUUGUCUGGAGACUUCGAGAGACUGAUGCUUGCUGUUGUCCAGUGCAUACGCAGUGUUCCUAUGUUCUUUGCCAAACGCCUUUACAAGUCAAUGAAGGGUCUCGGUACAGCCGACAACACACUGAUAAGGAUCAUGAUUGGUCGCUCUGAAAUAGACAUGUUGGAUAUUCGCGAGUGUUUCAGACUGGGAUAUGAAAAGUCACUUUAUAACAUGAUCAAGGAUGACACAUCGGGUGAUUACAAGAGGACUCUGUUGAAUCUAUGUGGAGGUGAUGAUGAUUUAGCUGGCGAGUUCUUCCCUGAAGCAGCUCAGAUAGCCUACAAGAUGUGGGAAACAAGUUCCAUGACCAAAGUCAAGCUGAGGCCAACAGUUGUCCCCUCACCCAACUUUGACCCUGCUGCUGAUGCACAAGCUUUAAGAAAAGCCAUGAAAGGAUUUGGAACAGAUGAAGAUGCAAUUAUUGACAUAGUUGCAAAUAGAAGUAAUGCACAGAGACAAGAGAUCAGACAGACCUUCAAAUCACUAUUGGGGAGGGAUCUGAUAAAGGACCUCAAGUCUGAACUGUCAAAAAACUUGGAGAGACUGAUCAUUGGUCUUAUGUUGACCCCAGCUGAGUUUGAUGCCAAAAUGAUGAGGAAAGCCAUAGAGGGCGCAGGCACAGAUGAACACGCGCUGAUUGAGAUCCUGGUCACCAGGAACAAUGAGGAAAUACAAGCCAUGAACGCUGCCUAUCAGGAAGCCUAUAAGAAGUCUAUGGAGUCAGCAAUUCAAUCUGACACAUCAGGUCACUUCUGCCGCAUCCUCGUUUCGCUUGUGCAGGGUGCAAGAGAAGAUGGCCCUGCAGAUUAUGAAAGGGCUAAUACAGAUGCUCAGGAACUUGCUGAUGCAUGUAAUGCUGAUUCUGAUGACAGAGUAAUGAAGUUCAUGAGUAUUUUGUGCACCAGGAGCUUCACUCAUCUAAGGAAAGUUUUCCAGGAGUUUGUCCGGUUCUCCAAUAAGGACAUCGAGCAGAUCAUCAAGAAGGAAAUGUCAGGAGAUGUUAAAAAUGCCUUUUAUGCCAUAGUUCGCAGUGUGAAGAACCAGCCUUCUUAUUUUGCAGACCGUUUGUACAAAGCCAUGAAGGGUCUCGGCACAGACGACAGAGCGUUGAUCCGCAUCAUGGUGUCCCGUAGCGAGAUUGACCUUUUCAACAUUCGUAAAGAGUUCAAGGAAACGCAGGACACCUCCCUGCACGAAUUCAUCAAGGUAGAGACAAUGAUCGGUGACACUUCAGGAGAUUAUCGCAAAACCCUGCUAGUGCUAUGUGGAGGGGAGGAUUAAAGAAAGCGCAUCUCCACAGCCUUCUUUCACAGGCCACAGUGACAAGGCCAGCCACCAACAGGACAGUGAAAAUGUGGUGGUCACUAUCUGUUGUCAGCACACUAAAUUGGUGCUACUUGUCUGCCAAACUAAAUUACCAUAUGUCCACAUCUUUCAAGGCAGUUUUCUGGUCACGUGGAAGAUCCUCUGUCAGGACAUUGCAUUACUUUUUUUUUAUUCUAGAGCUAUACUAUACUAUAUAUAUAAUAUAUAUAUAUAUAUAUAUAUAUAAUACUAUAGUAUUUGAAGGCGCAACAGUGCUUCCCCGAGACACAUUAAAUCAAAUCACUGUGAGUAUGUAUAACUAAAUAAAAAUCAAUAUUAUCUGGUGUCUUACAUUAUUGAUAUAAGUGAAGUUGAAUGUCUUCAAAUUUCCCUAAUGUCUAUUUUCAUCACAUCCUGUUUAUAGAAAGAACAAGUGCUCAGAUUUGCAUAUUAGCGUGAAGUUCAUUAAUUUAUUGUGUUGCUACUGGCACAAUGACAUUGUACUGAGCAGAACGGGAACUAUUUGCCAUGAGGAAACUCCCUCUAAGUCAGUAUCUCUUUAUAGAUUGUAUUAUAUGCCGCCAAAGGUUUAUGAAAGUAUGAGCAUGGGUUUUUUUAGAUCAAGAAGUGGCCAUUAAAAGCAUAAUGAAUAGUACAGCAACACAGUGUUAUUAGAUGUGCAAGGGCUUAUUACAAUGUUAGACUUUAAUAUUGCAGAAAUAUGUUAGUCCCCUGGAACCCAAAUGUGUACUAACAUUGGAACAUACUGUAAUGAAGGACAAAUCGGACAAGAAUUCACAAACAUGAAUAAAAACUUAGAAGUGA